AUGAAGUACGUUCUGGUGAGCGGUGGCGUGAUCAGUGGGAUCGGCAAGGGGAUAAUCGCGUCGUCCACGGGUCUUCUGCUCAAGACCGUCGGUCUGAAGGUGACGGCGAUCAAAAUCGACCCAUACCUGAAUGUGGAUGCAGGAACUAUGGCCCCAACCGAGCAUGGGGAGUGUUUUGUCCUGGACGAUGGCGGCGAGGUCGACCUCGAUCUCGGAAACUACGAGCGAUACCUGAACGUGACCUUGACCUUUGAGAAUAGCAUCACAACUGGAAAAGUGUAUCAGCAGGUUAUUGAGCGUGAGAGGAGAGGUGACUACCUUGGUAAGACCGUCCAGGUGGUCCCUCACAUUACAAAUGCAAUUCAGGACUGGAUUGAAAGAGUGGCAAGAAUCCCCGUGGAUGAUACAAAGGAACAGCCGGAUGUGUGCAUCAUCGAGCUAGGUGGGACGGUAGGUGAUAUUGAAAGUGCGCCCUUUAUUGAGGCCAUGCGGCAAUUGCGAAGAAGAGCAGGUCGUGACAAUUUCAUACACAUUCACGUUUCGCUGGUGCCGGUCAUUGGCAGUGAGCAAAAGACGAAGCCUACACAGCAAGCAAUUCGGGAUGCUCGCUCAGCUGGUCUGGCACCUGACUUGAUUGCAUGCCGUUGCCAGGACCAGCUUGUCGAGGCCACAACCAACAAGAUUGCCAUGUUCUGUCAAGUUGAGCCAUCACAAGUCCUGGCCGUCCAUGACGUCGAGUCGACAUAUCAUGUGCCACAGCUACUCAAAGAACAGGGUCUGCCUGACCAGCUCCGCGAGCUCUUCCGUCUCGACGUUUACAAGAUUGCCCCUUCGUUGGUCAUAAAGGGCCAGCAGAUAUGGCAGGAAUGGCAGCGCUUGACAACGUCACAAGAUCGCUUCUUGGAAUCGGAGAAAGUCAAUAUUGCCUUGGUCGGCAAAUACACAAACCUCCACGACUCUUAUCUCUCGGUCAUCAAGGCUCUGGAACACAGUGCCAUGGCCUGCCGGCGCAAACUCAACCUUGUUUGGGUUGACGCAAGCGAUCUCGAAAAAUCCACUUUGGAUUCAAACCCAGAGAAAUACCACAAGGCAUGGCAUGAACUAUGUACAGCCGACGGGGUCCUUGUCCCCGGUGGAUUUGGACAUCGCGGGACUGAAGGGAUGAUUGCAGCUGCCAACUGGGCUCGAACCAAGCCCAAACCAUAUCUCGGAAUAUGCCUAGGUAUGCAGGUCGCUGUGGUUGAGUAUGCUCGCAACGUGUGCGGUCUGAAGUCGGCUAGCUCGGUCGAACUAGAUGCACAAACGCCGGACCCCGUGGUCAUCUUCAUGCCGGAAAUCGACAAGACGACCAUGGGCGGCAACAUGCGACUGGGUCUGCGCCCGACAAUCUUUCAGGAGAAUACACAGUGGUCGCGACUGCGGAAACUCUACAACAACGAACCUAGCAUCCAUGAGCGACAUCGUCAUCGCUACGAAGUGAACCCCGAAUACAUCACCCGCCUAUCCGAUGCCGGCUUGUCAUUUGUUGGCAAAGACGACAAGGGUGAGCGCAUGGAAGUCAUGGAAUUGAAAGAACAUCCCUUCUUUGUAGGUGUACAGUUCCAUCCUGAGUAUCUCAGUCGUGUACUCCGGCCCAGUCCGCCUUAUUUGGGCUUUGUGGCCGCGAGUGCGGGAAUGCUGGAGCAGGCGUUUUCUGCGGUGGCGGCACGAGACGAAUUGCGCAAUGUCAAUGGCGCCAACAACCAUUUACCGCACGAAAAUGGCGUUAAUGGCGCCUUGACCAACGGGAUGAGCCAGGUGUCGCUUUCGUCCUCUACGGGAUUCUGA